CAUUUGCCGGAAGCCAGCUGCGAUGACUAACGCCUGUUCCUGGUCUCGUGAUCUGAAGCUGUGUCAUCGCGAUACUAGUUCCCCCGAAAUGGCUGCGAACAGUCAAGGAAACUUUGAUGGAAAAUUUGAGGCACUGGAUCUUGCAGAAUUAACAAAAAAACAACCUUGGUGGCGUAAGUUGUUUGGGCAGGAAUCUGGGCCAUCAGCUGAAAAAUAUAGUGUAGCAACCCAGCUGGUAAUUGGGGGUGUUACUGGAUGGUGCACUGGUUUUGUAUUCCAGAAGGUUGGGAAAUUGGCUGCAACAGCUGUAGGAGGUGGAUUCUUUCUCCUUCAGCUGGCAAACCAUACUGGAUACAUCAAAGUUGACUGGCAAAGAGUAGAAAAAGACAUGAAAAAGGCCAAAGAGCAGUUGAAGAUUCGUAAGAAUAAGCAAAUACCAACUGAAGUCAAGAGCAAAGCUGAGGAGGUUGUGUCAUUUGUGAAGAAGAAUGUUCUAGUGACUGGAGGAUUUUUUGGAGGCUUUUUGCUCGGCAUGGCAUCCUAAGAACUUCACUUCAUUCUUCUGUUUUUAUUGUUUGUUUCUUGCCAGUAGCUUCUACACUCCAACAUAGGACAAUUGGCACUCCUCUUCCUCCUCUUCUCCUGUGCCUUCCUCCCUGUUGUAGCAAAUCUGAAUGGCUUGAAUAGGCUUCUCCUGGUGCAAGGUUAAUACAAGCCUUCUCAAUCUUGACACAUCGGAAGAGACAGUAAAUGUUAACUCUUCCAAUACCCUCCUUACUUGGUUGGUGUAUAGCUUAGCAAAAAUGUUCCUUUUCCCCUAUGUAAGAUCCUUUUCCAAACUCGAUUUGGAAAAGCAGCAUGUAGAUACCUUAAUAUAUGAUACAUGAAAAGAAACCAAAUACAUUUGCCUUUAAGCAUGAAAGAUUUUAGUAUCUUGGUAUAUGCUUUCUUUUUAAAUUGGUUUUAGGCUAUAGAAAGAGCAGUAUUUAUACUUGCUGUAAUUGUCUUGCCAAAAUGGGAGUGUAAGUACCUAACUAAAAAUACUAAAUAUUAAAUAAAUGAACUUCUGCCAAAGAUGUGUGAAAGUAAUAUAUGUAUUAUAUUUGGUAGGUAGAUCUUUAUGGAAACCAGCUGUAAGAACUUCAUAAAAUACAGAAUUUAAGCAAGAAUUUUAAAUUCAUUUCUUUUACACGAGUGCUCUGUUUGCAUGUACACCUCUGUGCCAGAUGAGGGCAUCAGAUCCCAUUACAGAUGGUUGUGAGUCACCAUGUGGUUGCUGGGAAUUGAACUCAGGACCUCUGGAAGAGCAGUCAGUGCUCUUAACUGCUAAGCCAUCUCUCCAGUCCCUUAAGCAAGAAUUUUAAAGAGAUGUUAUGGGCAUUCAGAAGUGAGAAUAGCACGCGUGUAAUAAAUUAUUUUCAUCAAAUGCAAUCUCCAUCAGAAUUAUUGUUUAAAAUAAAAGUCUAUGUAUACUUUACAUUUUUCUGUAAUAGUUAUUACCAUGAUCUCAAUUCCAACUAGAAAAUCAUCUUACAGAAGCCAAGUCUUCUGUCAUCUUCAUUGUACUCACAGGGCUUACUUAAUAGAUUUCAAAUAUUUUUAAAUAUAUUUAUUUGUAUAAAGAAAUCUCACUGUUAUAGGUUAAGUUUACUCUAAAUGAAUUCUUAGAUAUGUAGCUGAUCCUCUGUGCAAUAGUGUAUUUUUAAGGUCAUACAUUCAACAUAAUCACUUUUUGACACACCUUAAUGACAUACUGUUGAAAAUUGAAACUACUAAUAGAUAUGUAAAAUUGCUUAGGAUUCUCCUAUUUGCAUUUCCUCACUACAUUUUGAUUUUAUUUGUGCCAAUACAAAUUACUCUACUUGUAAUAUAUAUUAAUCAUCUUUCCUUACAUGGUAGUAUAACCUGCCUUGGUAUAUAUUUUUCUCAAAAAAUUUUAAGAUGAUUUUUCACUAUUUAUUGUGGAAACAUAAGAGAGUACAGUGAUUUCCUCAGGUAUCAAUUGCUUGCCUACAGCAAUCAUGGAAUUGUAUUCGUUUAUCAAUUAUUAUAAAAUAUCUGCCAUUUUAUUGUUUACAAUAUGUAUUCAAUACUAAAAUCUAAGUAUUUUUUAAAAACUUAAAAAAAUGUUUUUUAAAAUACAGGCUUCUUUUUUUUAUUCGAUAUAUUUUUUUAUUUACAUUUCAAAUGAUUUCCCCUUUCCUGGCUCCCCACUCCCCGAAAGUCCCAUAAGCCCUCUUCCCUCCCCAUGUUCCCCCAUCUACCCCUUCCUACUUCCCUGUUCUGGUAUUGCCCUAUACUGCUGCACUGAGCCUUUCCAGAACCAGGGGCAACUCCUCUGUUCCUCUUGGACAUCAUUUGACAUAUGGAUUAUUAUGUCUUGGGUAUUCCAAGUUUCUAGGCUAAUAUCCACUUAUCAAUGAGUGCAUACCAUGAUUGAUCUUUUGAGACUGGGUUACCUCACUUAGUAUGACGUUCUCCAGCUCCAUCCAUUUGUCUAAAAUUUCAUGAAUUCAUUGUUUUUAAUUGCUGAAUAGUACUCCAUUGUGUAUAUAUACCACGUUUUCUGUAUCCAUUCCUCCAUUGAGGGACAUCUGGGUUCUUUCCAGCUUCUGGCUAUUAUAAAUAGGGCUGCUAUGAACAUAGUGGAGCAUGCAUCCUUAUUACAUGCUGGGGAAUCCUCUGGGUAUAUGCCCAGGAGUGGUAUAGCAGGGUCCUCUGGAAGUGACAUGCCCAAAAUGGCUCAGUGGUUAAGAGCACCGACUGCUCUUCCAAAGGUCCUGAGUUCAAAUGCCAGCAACUGCAUGGUGGCUCACAACCAUCUGUAACAAGAUCUGACACCCUGUUCUAGAGUAUCUGACAACAGCUACAGUGUACUUACAUAUAAUUAAUAAAUAAAUCUUUAAAAAAAAUACAGGCUUCUUAAAGGUAGUUCUCAAAAAAAAUUUGUUUUAAAACUUUAAAAAAACAUAAUACAGAAAAAAAGUUACAGAAAAAAUAAUAAUGGUUCUUUAAUAUCAAAAACAACCAGUGUUUUAAAUCCUCUUUGUAUGUACAGUAUAUUUAUUGAUAACUGUGUACCAUCAUCUAUUUUAUAGUUCUCUGUAUUUUUCUUGGAGCUGUGCCAUUUAUGGUGAUUCUUGCUGUAGCCAUGUUCUCCCUGUGUCUCAACGAUAUCAUUGGCAUGGUGACAGCAAAAGCUACUGCAAUGCCCCUUUGGGUAUGUGGUGGGGAGUGGUCAUUUAGUACCUCUCUAAUGGGUUGGUAGCUGAUUUCUGAUACAUCUUUCUUUGUGAUUAUUAGGGGGUACAACAAAGAUUAGCGGAUUGGAGUUCCUUCAAAAGGUUAUAAUAGAUAAUGGUCUAGACUUAGAUUCUACCCAUGUCUGAAAUAGAAUCUAUAAAUAUAUCCUGAAGUUUGGUCAGGCUCCACUUGUGUUUGUGUAGAGGUGGUGCAGAGGGUUAUUAGUCACUAGGUGCUUCAAGUCCCAGUUUAGGUCAGCAGUUACUGAAGUACCCUCAACCAUUUUUGGGAACCUCUAUUGAGGCCUCAUUGAGUCAUCAUCUUUGCUUCAUCUUAAAUGGGAGAUUACUGGGGAUGUAGCUCAGUGAUGGAGCAUUUGCCUAGUGUUUGUGAGGCCCUGGGUUCAAUCCCCAACAUUGUGAGAACAGAAUAGCCAAGCAGGCUUAAGUUUAAAUGGGAGAUUAAAUUUUCUGAAAAUAGCAGCUAGCUGUCUUUCCAUGCACAACCUAAAUGAUAUCAGGGUGAGGCAGUUACACCAUUGAAUACAUUUGUUUUGAUUAGUGUUUAUGAUUCCAAUGAAAAUUACCCCCAUAGGGAGUGACACUAAUAGGUGUGGCCUUGUUGAAAGUAGGUGUACCCUAUUGGAAAAAGUGUGUCACUGGGAGUGGGAUUGAGGUUUCAGAAGAUCAAGCAAGGUAUAGUGGUUCACUCUCUUCCUGUUGCCUACUGAUCUGGAUGUAAAGCUCAGCUCCUUCUUUUUCUAACACCAUGUCUGCCUGCCUAGAUGCUGCCAUGCUUCCCACCAUAAUGAUAAUGGUCUAAACCUCUGAACUGUAAGCCGGCCCCAAUUAAAUGUUUUCUUUUAUAAGUGU